AUGGCUAGUAAUAAAGAAUUAUAUCAAAGUCUAUCCCGUUCGAUGUCAAGUUAUGCACCAUGUGGAUAUUUGGUAGAUGGUAUAGAAGAAAUAGAAGACAAGUGGAAAUGUAUUUUUUGUGGAUACAUUAUGAAAGAGCCUAUUCAAUUUGUAGAAUGUGGUCAUAGAUCUUGUAAAGGAUGUUUUGAAUCACGUAUAGCAGCAGCAACUAAUGGUCAAGUGACUUGUCCCGACGAAGAUUGCAACUAUCAAUUUGAUAGAAAUCAAAUAAUGCUUGAUCGUGCAUUUAAAAGAGAAUUAGACAAGAAGGCAAUCACGUGUAUUUAUAAAACAAGUAAAAAUUGUUCUUGGAAAGGAACCGUGAAUGCCUAUCAAGAACAUUUAGAUAAAGAUCACACUAAUUUCUCUUGUGAUAGAUGUCAAGAAUCAUUUUCUUCGAAUGAAGCAUUAAUAAAUCAUCAAUCAAAAACUUGUAGCAGUCUUUUUCAAAGAUGUCCCUUAGCACCACAUUGUGGAGAAGAAAUGAUUCGAAAAGAAGAAUUUUCUGCUCAUCUGUUAAGUGAAAAACAUCAAGAAGCGACUGCUUUAGCAUUAUUAGGUAAAUUUAAUGCUCCAGAAAUAUCUGACCAAGAUCAUGACAUGGAAACGAAUACAGAUACUAAUGACCUCGAAGAAGAGACAUCAACAAAAUUAUCUGAAUUAGCUGAUAAAGUUCAAAAAUUGAAUGAUGAUACAGUUCAAUUAAGUCGAGAUUUUAUUAAAUUAAAUGAACUUACUCAAUUAGCUACUCACGAAGUUAAUAAUUUUCAAACACAAAAUACCGAUAGAAAUCAUAGAAUAGCGAGUUUUCAGCCACAACAAGAAGAUAUACAAAAAAAUAUUGAACUAGUAAAACAAAAUAUUGAACAAAAUCAACAUGUAUCAACUGAUGGUACAUUAACAUGGAGAAUUGAUCGUGUAGCAGAAAAAAUGUCUGAUGCUGUAUCAGAACGACAAACCAGUAUAUUUUCUCCAAUAUUUUAUUCAUCACCGUAUGGCUAUAAAAUGCGUGCACGUCUAUAUCUUCAAGGCGAUGGCACUGCUAGAAGAACUCAUCUGUCUCUGUUCUUUCUACUUAUGAAGGGAGAUUAUGAUGCUCUACUUAAAUGGCCCUUUGAACAUAAAGUGACAUUUUGCCUAUUUGAUCAAACAGGUAAUAAUCGACAUAUGAUUGAUUCAUUUCGUCCAGACGGCAAAUCAGCUUCUUAUCAACGACCUACCGGAGAUGCUAAUAUUGCAACUGGUAUACCAAAAUUCUGUCCUUUACCAAUGAUUCAACAAGACGAUAAUGCUUAUGUAAGAGAUGAUACUCUUUUUCUUAAAAUUAUUGUUGAUCUUAAUGAAACACCAAAAAUGAUAUUACCUUUUAUGCUGACACUCAAUCCAGGCUUACCAAAUCAUGUGCAGCAAGUUUUAAUUAAUCAAGAGAAAAUUAAAAGAGAACAACAGAAUCUUCUAAAUGCAAGUACAGCAACACAACCAACACCUAUGAAUACUUGUGGAUAG